AUGAAGUGCGACAACUGUAAUGCUAACUUUACUGAUGGAGUAUUUUGCAAUGGUUGCAAGAGAAAUAUGGAUUUUUCCUGUGCAUCGAUUUCGGAGGCUGGCUACCGUAAGCUCGGCCCGGAGCGACGAGCCAGUUGGAGGUGCCCUACUUGCAAGUUGGCCUCUGUAAGUCCGAAAUCAACAAAAGCUCCUGAGGUGGCUGUUGUUGAACCUGUUACUAUGGAGAUGGUUCUUUCGGAGAUACGUUGCAUUAAGACACAACUCAGUAAACUUCCUGAGCUCCUUGAAGACGUAAAGUCGAUUAAGAAUGAAAUUAUUGAGCUAAAAGCGGCCUGUGACUUUAAUAGUGCCAAACUUGAAAACUUAGAUGCCAGAGUUGUGGAUAUUGAAAAUAAGGUCCUUCAUAUUCAACAAUCUGACUUGAAUUACUCUAAUGACAUAGCAUUACUUAAGAGGGAUAACAUCAACAGGGAACAGUGGUCGCGCAUGAAUAAUGUUGAGAUUAAGGGUGUGCCUCUUAAAACUGCAGAAAAUCUGUUCAAUAUUGUUGAAUGUAUUGCUAAAGUAGUUGACUACACCUUCCCAAGGACCCAAGUGAAUUAUAUUGCGCGUGUUCCGACACACGGCUCGAAACAAAAGUCUAUCAUCGUCAGUUUUAUAAACCGCUAUAUUAAAGAAGAAUUUGUCGCUGCGUGUCGCGCUCGAAAGCACAUAACGGCAAAAGACAUUGGAUUUUUGGAAGACAAUCAGUUAAUUUAUAUCAACGAUCAUCUGAUUCCCGAAUUUAAGAAGCUUCUUACGAAAGUCAAAGAGCUAACUAAACAAAAGGGCUACCAAUAUGUCUGGGUUAAAUUCUGUAAAAUUCACAUACGAAGGAACGAUAAAUCCCCGGUCCAAAUUAUUUCCAAGGAAGCGGAUUUAAACAAGAUAAUUUAG